CCUCCCCGCUUGACAGCUUCCAUACAAAUAUCUCGACACGUCUUCGUUCUAGUGCCUGAACGUUAUUUCUUUCUCACUAGAACACACACAUACAUCUUUCGACGUAGAUAUUGAAUCCCAAGAUGGCGGAAAUCAAGAACACUAGCAAGACGUUCACGCUCGCCAGCGGCGACAAGAUCCCCGCUAUCGGCCUAGGAACGUGGCAGUCUCCCAAGAACGAGACUGCCAAGGCCGUCAAGCACGCCCUCUCGGUCGGCUACCGUUACAUCGACACGGCCUUUGCUUAUGGCAACGAGUCCGAGGUGGGAGACGGUAUCCGCGCUUCGGGUGUGCCCCGUGAGCAGAUUUGGAUCACCACGAAGCUCGACAACCCCUGGCAUAAGCGAGUAGCUGAGGGCAUCGACGCUUCUCUGAAGAACCUCGACGUUGACUACGUUGACCUGUACCUUAUGCACUGGCCUAGCUCUACCCGCCCCGACGACCUGAAGAAGCAUUAUGAUGAUUGGAAUUUCCUCGACACGUGGCGUGAGAUGCAAAAGCUGGUUGGCACUGGUAAGGUCCGCAACAUCGGCGUGUCUAACUUCGGUAUCACCAAUCUCGAGAAGCUGUUGAACGACCCUUCUACCAAAAUCAAGCCCGUUGUCAACCAAAUCGAGCUCCACCCCAACAACCCCUCGCCAAAGUUGGUCGCGUACUGCAAGGAGAAGGGUAUCCACCUAACUGGCUACUCCUGCUUGGGUAGCACCAACUCGCCGCUCUACAAGGACCCGACGUUGCAGGCCAUUGCCCAGGCCAAGGGCAAGACGCCUCAACAAGUCCUUCUUCUCUGGGGAAUCCAGCAGGGCUGGGAUGUCAUCCCCAAGUCUGUCACGCCCGAACGAAUUGAGAGCAACUUCAACAUUGACGGCUGGGAGUUGACGGCAGAAGAGAUUGACAAGCUGAACCACCUGCCGGAUCGCUUCAAGGUUUGCGGAGACGAUUGGUUGCCUAUCAAGGUCUUCUUCGGCGAUGACGAGUAAUUUUGAGACCUCAAAUAAAUGUGGCUCGCGUUAUGCAUGUUACGCAUCUAGACUAGACGGAUAGAUCUUCAAUGAGUAAA